AAUGCCUCCCACUCAGGCAGAAAGUGUUAUAAAGAAUAUCAUUCGAGAAAUAGGACAAGAGUGUGCAGCCAACGGAGAGAUUGUUUCUGAAACUUUGGUUGCUUUUAUGGUGAAAGCUGUUGUUCUGGAUCCAAGUAAUGGCUUUAACAUGGAUAGAACCCUCAUAAAAAGUGACGUACAGAAACUUGUUAAGCUUUGUGUAGCUCGGCUAUUGGAUAGUAAAAAUCCAUCCCUGGACACCAUUAAGAUGCAAGUCUACUUUGACAUGAAUUAUACAAGUCGAGAGGAAUUUCUUCAAGAACAUCAUCGGGUUUUAGAGUCUAGAUUAGGCCCUAUUAGCAGAGAAAUUACAGAUAACAGAUCAUGUGCUAGAGAAGAACUGGAAAGUCUCUAUCGGAAGAUUGUCAGUUAUGUGUUACUACGCUCCGGACUUGGAUCCCCAACAGAUAUCAAGAUCGUCAGAGAGGCAACAGCUGCGCUUCAGAGUGUUUUUCCUCAGGCUGAGCUUGGGACAUUUCUAAGUCUUUCUAAAAAGGACAAAGAACGCCAGCUGAAAGAAUUCACCAUGAUUGUUACUGGAAUUCGUUUAUUUAACAGAGACUGUGGAAAGGGAGGCGAAGGCAUUGAUGACUUGCCAGCUAUCCUACAUGAAGCAAUCCCAGCUACCACUCAGCAUAUUGAUAACCAACUUCAAACUGCUCAGGAUCAAGCCUACCGCUAUACAGCCAUCCUUGAGAAAGUAACUCAGAAUCCACUCAUGAGUCAAGAGCUUCAGCCAUAUAUGUUAAAAGAAGCACUGUUUAACAUGCGACAAUAUGAGAUAUUUCUUCACAUCAUUUUGUCAGAUAUAAUUACUUGUGCACAAGAAGUGGAAAUGAUGAUAAAACAAUUAGCAGCCCAACUGGAACAAUUGAAAAUGACUGUUAAAUCAAAGAUUGCUGUCCCAACUUCACAAGUCUUUCCCAUUUUCAUUGCACUUUCCAACCUGUGGACUGGCUUUCAGGAUGAAACAGUUUUGCUUAGUGUCCUCAGUAAUUUAAUUACUCACCUUGAGCCUUUUCUGGGAGCUCACGAACUACUCUUUCCUGAGAAAGUAAUACAAGAGCUUCUUGAUGGAGUGACUGUGAAAACAGAUGUGUGUAGAAUAAAAGAACACAUGGAAGAUAGAGUUUAUUUGACAGAUUUCAGAAAACUAGAAUGGCUUUUCCCAGAAACAACAGCAAAUUUCGAUAAAUUAAUAAUUCAAUAUCGGGGAUUUUGUGGCUACACAUUUGCUACAGCAGAUGGUCUUCUCCUUCCAGGAAAUCCAGCAAUUGGAAUUUUGAAAUACAAGGAAAAGUAUUACACUUUCAAUACCAGAGAUGCUGCAUACUCAUUUUCAGAAAAUCCUGAAAAAUACAUUGAUUUGAUUAGAGAACAAGCUAAAAAAAACGCAGAACUAAUUCAACUGUUAGAACUUCAUGAACAGUUUGAAACCCUUAUUCCAUAUUCUCAAAUGAGGGAUGUUGACAAACAUUAUAUAAAACCAAUUACCAAGUGUGAAAGUAGUACACAGACGGAUACACACAUAUUGCCACCAACUAUUGUGAGAUCAUAUGAGUGGAAUGAAUGGGAAUUAAGACGAAGAGCUAUACAAUUGGCCAAUUUGCGUCAGAAAAUUACUCAUUCAGUGCAAACUGAUCUGAGUCACAUGAGAAGAGACAAUUUUUCACAGGCGUACCCUUCAAAGGACGCUAGUACUCAGUCCAUGCGAGAAAGCAGCACUCGAGUGCCUAAGCCCCAGAUUUACAUAGCUGGUCUCCGUGGGGGCCACACUAAAACCACCCACGGAGUCAAAGUGAACUUAACUAGAGCUGUUGAUGAAACCUAG